GUUUCCGGUUGGGUCUGUCGCUGUCAGCCGUGCCUCGGCCUGGCGCUGGGCGGACGGCGCGUCUGUGGCGGUGCCUGGGUGCGCUCGUCCGCUGAGGACUGGAGUGGAAGUUUUCCUCAGACUCUUGUCUUUGUGCUACUAAAAUUAUCCCUCACUAAAGAUGCAUCCAGACCUGUCUCCUCAUCUGCACACUGAGGAAUGUAACCUAGUUAUCAGUCUGCUCAAGAAGUGUCAUAAGGAGCACAACAUUUUGAAAUUUUUUGGCCACUGCAAUGAUAUCGACCGUGAGAUGCGGAAGUGCUUAAAGAAAGAGUAUGAAGAGAACAGGGCCAGGAACCAGGCGAAGCGACGGAGUAUAAUUAAUGCUCGGAAAAACCUGGAGAAGUGAGUGGUUCUGUAGCUGGACAGCUGCACCUCAACAGGGAUGCUCAGUUGGAAGUUGACAGAAUACUUCCUUCCCAUCACCAAUGCUCAGCCUGCAGUUUGUGAAAAAAUAAGCACACCUGAUACGUAGUCAUUCCCAGCAAGGCAAACAAUGUGGAAAAAAUAAAUAUAACAAAAGAUUUCUUGCAGCCUAA